CCGCUUAUACAACGGACGAGAAAAUUUCUCCAGGUGCAAGAAUAAAUUUACAAGAUGCUCGCCACGGCAAUGUUAUUGCUAGUACUGAUACUAUUGUUGCUAUACCUAGGCUGCCACAAACCAAAAGGAUACCCACCUGGUCCAAGAUGGUGGCCUAUUCUGGGCUGUGCGCUAGAAGUGGCGCGUAUUCGUCAGGAAACCGGAUAUCUCUUCAAGACCUGCUCAGCGCUCUGCAAGAAAUACGGCCCGGUGGUCGGUCUAAAGAUCGGAAAAGAUCGCAUCGUCGUUCUGAAUGACUUGGAAAGCAUGCGAGCGAUGCUGACUAAUGAAGACUGCGAUGGCAGACCCAUCGGACCCAUCUACGAGGCCAGAACUUGGGGCGCUAGACGUGGUCUUAUCGUCGUGGAUGAGCGGUUGUGGGUAGAACAACGACGAUUCGUUUUGCGACACCUGCGGGAAUUUGGCUUCGGUCGUACCAGCAUGGCCACGAUGAUCGAAGACGAAGCAAUGAAGCUGGUGGAGCAUUUCAAGAAGCUGCUUCGAGACGGCUAUAAUUACGAGAUCGCUGACGUUCGAAAAUCGACGCUGGACAACAAUAAUACCGGACAGAUAUACAAGCUGCAGAAGGACUCCAAGAACAAUUUAAACAAGUCGAAGCUGAGCGACGAGUUCAAUAUAAUCGAGAAUCAGAUCCUCAAUCGUAAGUCUUGGACAGUAGCAGAUCUAUACAUGAAGGCCGAAGACUAUGCGGAGGUCAGAAGAGUCUCCCAAUCGGCAGGAAUGAUUAUACCUAUGCAUGACGCCUUCGGUGUGACUGUAUUGAACACCCUUUGGAGGAUGAUGGCUGGUAGAAGAUUUGAUACUGGUGACAAGGAACUUACAUAUUUACAGCGAAUUCUCACGAAACUCCUGAGAGAAAUCGACAUGAUCGGCGCACCUUUCAGCCACUUUCCGCCGUUACGCUUCAUUGCGCCAGAAAUGUCCGGCUAUAAAUCGUUUAUACAAACUCAUCAAGAAUUGUGGGCAUUCCUGAAAGAGGAAUUGCACAAUCAUAAAAAUACAUUCGUGUCAAGCGCGCCGCGAGAUUUGAUGGACGUCUACUUGACUGUGCUGAAUUCGAAAGAUUGCAGCGACACUUUCUCAGAAUCACAAUUGUUAGCGAUCUGUGUCGAUCUCUUCAUGGCGGGCUCCGAAACAACUUCGAAAGCGCUCGGUUUUGGAUUCUUGUACUUGAUACUGUUUCCUCAGGUUCAAAGGAAGGCGCACGAAGAAAUAGAUAGAGUCAUUGGUCGCGACAGAUUUCCCACGUUGGCUGACAAACCCAAGUUGCCAUACGUCCACGCUAUCGUUCUGGAAUCUGUACGAAUGUUCAUGGGUCGUACUUUGAAUGUUCCGCAUAGAGCAUUGAGAAACACUUCCAUUAUGGGCCAUAAGAUACCAAAAGACACUAUGCUCAUUGUGAACUUCAAUAGAGUGCUCAUGGACGAGUCUUGGAACGACCCAGAGGAUUUCCGGCCGGAGAGAUUCCUCGACAGUAGCGGCAACGUCGUUGCGCCAGAAAAAUACUUUCCUUUCAGCAUUGGAAGACACCGUUGCAUGGGGGAGAUAUUAGCUAGGAGCAACAUCUUUGUCAUAACGGCCACAUUGCUGCAGACGUUCAGCUUCUCCGUGGUUCCCGGUGAGCCACGACCGUCCACGCAAGAUUUUGUAGACGGUGUAACAGCUGGUCCCAAACCAUAUAGAGCAUUAGUUUCUCUAAGAACGUAACUGAGGAGCAUUUUAACUUUCUGGGACGGCAUCUAUUUAUCUAAUUCUCGUCCGACCCAGCUUCAAUUCCAUUCUAAUCGAAGUCUUAAGGAUAAGAUUGCUUUUUUAUAUUUCCAAUCAAAAACUUCUCUUUAUAUAGACUGCAACAUAGAAGAUAACACGACGUAAUAUAUAAAGAAAGACAUUUUUUGUCACAAAAAUAUAUUUUUAUUAUUA